AUGACAUCGCUUCCGAGUGCCGUGGUAUCUGUCAGAGAGGGAACUAGCACUCCUCUUGACACACUCAAUUUUUUGUCAUCGAAAAACAACUCUUCGGCAUUUGAAGCUUUUGCACAAUCUGAGAAACCUCUUUCGGAAAUGACCUACCAAGUCAUGAAGUUGAAACUCCUUGCCAUCAUCUUUCGGAACAAAUUCCUCGCCGACUGCCAAACUUUUAAAGUUCCCACAACAACUCUCAACUAUGCUAAUGACUAA